UGCUACACGCAUGCGCACUUCAACAAGCGACACCACGAGUAUCCGUCGGUAGAAGUCUGUGAGGCAGCGAGCUGAUGACGAGAGAAGGGUAUUCUGCUGCAAGUUAAGCAUGGCGGGGAUAUGGCGAUCGUAUCUCCGGGUACUCAACAAGUACCCAAUGGGGACAAUGUGCGCCACAACAGGGAGCCUGAUGAUGGCAGGAGAUGGAAUCAGCCAACUGGCAGUGGAGAAGAAAGAACUGAGGAACUAUGACCUCGCCAGGAGUGCCCGGUUCUUGGUGUUUGGCACUGUUGUUAUCGGACCAGUGCUGCGAGGAUGGUACAUGUCUCUAGAUCGACUCUUCAUCGGGAAGAAGGCAGCACCAAUCAAAAUGAUGGUUGUAGAUCAGUGUUUCUUUGCUCCCCAAGUACUGAUGCUGUUUUUGACUGGGAUGGCAGCAUUUAGAGGGGACAGCUUCCAUGAUAUCAAAAAGAAAGUCAAACAGGAUUACAUUACAAUCCUGGUGACAAAUUACAAGGUGUGGCCUGCUGCACAGCUCAUCAACUUUUUCCUUGUCCCACUUCAACACAGAGUUCUGUUUGUCAACUUUAUUGCCCUGGGAUGGAAUACGUACAUGGCCUGGAUGUCGGAGAAGAAGUGAGGUUGGGUUGCCAUGUUUAGAGGUGGCCCAGCUGCUGUCAUAGAACAGCGUCAUGACAUGAUCUUCACACCAUGCUAUUCAUGACAGGAAGACCACCGGAGUAGCAGGACCAGGAGAUGUCAGAGUAGACACCAUUGGUCACCUCCAGCUAGCUCUCGCUUAUUUCCCCCUUAACAGUCCUGUACUUGUCCUCCAUGUAUAUUGUUACCAGUGUCAGACUAAUGGGACGAGCGGCCAGGGUCUAUCCCUGCUGACCACAGAUGAGGAGAAUGGAGGGGCAGGAACAGAUUUUGCACAGGAUUUGAUAGUUUUAUGAAGUUGUGCAAGUUGAAAGUUUGUCAUGUGCAGGUUGUUCCCUCUACCUUGUGAUUGUCUGACACUAGGGACAGUGCCACAGUACUGACACAGGGCAAACGGACAGCACAGAAAUAUAAUCGGUAAAAUGUUUUUUUAUAAUCAGUUUGAUUCCUUCUGUUGUAACAGGAGGUAAGCAAGACAGAAUUGUGGACUGUAUGUAACCAUAUCUAUGUCUGUGAAGUAUGUUGAUAUUUAGAACCAGAACAUUGGGUAUAAGUAGAUGUAAAACAGAAACAUAGAAAACUUCUACACAUGUGGAUCUUACAGUUAGUAAGACAUGGGUCAUAAAAUGAAUAGAAAUCACUUUCUAUAUGAAAUAUUUUGUACCAGCAAUAGGAAUGUACAUUUCUUUCAGUUGUGACACAGGGCACUCGGUAGGACUACACAGCAUUACCAGUAUACUGGUUUAUAGCAGUAAUUAAAGAAUUUGAGUCUCAGUCUGUAGAACCGGUUUUGAAAGUCUGUUAGUUGAUCUGAUGGGGGGUGGCUCACAGGCUCCGACACUGCCUGGGUGCUACGUACAGUGAGCAGUGUCACCAGACACACUUGUGUAGAUUGUGAAUAACAUAUACUGAUCUACUACAAUAUAUUUACUAUACCUGGAAAUGGUGUUUGUUCUCUGAUGUCAGUUUAAUGAUAUCUGGAUCCAUGUUUACUGUUGGGAGUCGGUGGGUAUGAAUGAGCCUAAAGGCACAUGUGAUAAGUGUGAAGGAAGACCAUGUUUGUAUGUGUAACAUAUUUUUGUUCAAUAAAGUGGAUAGAAAUCCAUAAUUUUCUUGCAUAAAUAACAAUGAAUAUUGUCUGAUGAAAACAUGAUUUUCUUUCUGAUGUACCUGGGUAUAUUGUUUGUGACCCUUCCAAGAAUAAAUUUCCUGUCUCA